AGGUUGUCCGCAGAGGUAGGAGGGUGCAACUCAGGCAGCCAAUCGGUAGGUGCUGUGUGCCUGCACAGCCAGUGAGGAGCUCGAAUUCUGCGGCGCCCCGCUCCUGUCCCCUAAUACCGGGUCUUGGGAACACCGUCCCGGACUCCGCGGGUUUUUCCUCCGCUGCAGCAGCACCUCGCACGGCUUCCCGCCUGACAUGCCGUUCGUUGAGCUGGACACGAACUUGCCCGCUGGCCGCGUGCCCGCGGGGCUGGAGAAGAGGCUCUGCGCGGUCACCGCCGCCAUCCUGGGCAAACCCGAGGACCGCGUGAACGUGACUGUGCGGCCGGGUCUGGCCAUGGCGGUGAGCGGCUCGGCGGAGCCCUGCGCGCAGCUAUUUGUCUCCUCCAUCGGUGUGGUGGGCACAGCGGAGGAGAACCGCGGCCACAGCGCCCGCUUCUUCGAGUUCCUUACCAAGGAGCUGGAACUGGGCCAGGACCGGAUACUUAUCCGCUUUUUCCCCCUGGAGCCCUGGCAGAUUGGCAAGAAGGGGACGGUCAUGACUUUUUUGUGAUUGGCACGGAGGACAUCCAGGGCAUCAAUGCGUUGGCUAAUGCCUCUCUUCCAGAGAGGCCUGGCAGAGUGAGGGCCUGGUGGAUUCGAGUUUCUGGCACCCCCACAUGCAGACAUGCCUGUGACCUCACAGUCUUCUUCUCCAUCCUCAUGCCAAAUAAAUGAAAAGAGCUUGUCUUUCAAACAUGA